AGAAAGCGUCAUACUGUAUGUUUAGAUUCCCGCGUGCAGGGGGCCGGUUGUCACAUGAUGGGCCAAAAUGGCGGUCUCAACGGAAGGCACAGACUUAGAAGCCUCCCUGCUGAGCUUUGAAAAGUUGGACCGGGCUUCACCGGACCUCUGGCCUGAACAAUUACCAGGUGUUGCUGAAUUUGCAGCUUCUUUUAAAAGUCCCAUCACCAGUUCUCCUCCCAAAUGGAUGGCUGAAUUAGAAAAUGAUGAUAUUGACAUGUUAAAAGAGUUGGGGAGUCUCACCACAGCUAAUCUAAUGGAGAAAGUGAGAGGUCUGCAGAAUCUGGCAUACCAACUGGGACUGGACGAAUCAAGAGAAAUGACUCGAGGGAAAUUUCUGAACAUCCUGGAAAAACCCAAAAAGUAGCUGAUUAUGGAGUUUGGAAAGAAAUACACCUGGCUGCUGGAAGACAACCAGAACUUCCCCGAGUGCAGAAAUGGAAAAGCCAGUACUCUGCCUGAUGCUUACAGAAAUGCUCUCUUGCCUCACCUCUUUUCUGAAGAGACACAUCCAGGUUAUUUUGGCAAGGACAGACAACAGUUCCCCAGCAGAACAAUUUGACCUGCCUGCCUCUUAACUACCCCUACACGUUUUGCUAGAAUAAUUUUAUGCCAGUCGUGUCAAAAUGGAUACAUUCAUUCAUCUGCAAUUGGCAACAUAAAAUAAAAGCAGAGUUGCUUUUUAUUACCUGGUUCUGUGACACAUGCCUGUACAUCACAUGACAUAUACAAGUAUAUGUCUGCAUGCAUGUACCUGUCCCUCUUUUCCCUUUGGGACAAGAACUCAACAUGAAUAAUGCCACGUGGAAGAAGCCACCACAAGUGUGGUCCUGAAUGAAAACUUAUUUUUAUUUUUAUUUAAUUUUUGGCUAAUCUCAAGACUGCAAAACAUGUUUGAUUUCCUUCCAAGUUAGCUGUAUGUAUUGGCUACAAACAUUGCAGAUAAGAUGAUGUGGUUUCCCUUCCCAAAGGUCACAUAGCCUCAGGUACUGAGUGGGAUUGGGAGUCACAUGCCAACAUGUAAUAUGAAUUAAUGGAUGUAUGUUUGUUUAAAUAUAUAUUUGUCUAUUAGGGUUGGAAAUGUGGAGGGGGCCUUUCUAAAUGAUGAAAGAAAAUAUCCUCCAAUCAUUAAUACCCAGAAGAUGGUUCUUCAAAAUUGGUUUCUCUUACAAAGAAACAUAUUGGAGAGAUGUCAUUAUUGUAUCACUUUAAUCACCUUCCCGCCCCCCACAAGCAAUAAAUUGCUUGUCCACAAGAUGCAUGGUUAGGAUAUUGUAUUAUGAAGUUGCUAGUUAAAUAUUUGAGGAUAAUCCAGCCAGAAGCAAGCAGUUUUAAGUCCCAUGGAUCUCAGUGGGGAGAUUGAACACAUGCUUGCACCUCUCUCAUUCUGAAAUCAGUGGGAUUCAAGAGAGCUUAACUUUGGGUAUGGCCUGAAUAUUCUACUGAAAACUCUAUAGAUUUCACUUUUCUCCAGAGCAGAACAAAAGUAUUUAUGUUGUGGGCACUGGAUAUAUAUUGAAAGAUUUCAGCACAGAGACCUUGGAGUGUCCUUUUCAAUUUGCAGGUGAUAUAGGGUAAGCUUGGAGCUGUAUGAGUAAACUAUACUAAACUAACUAUAUAUAUAUACAACUUCACAUGAUCCUGCAAGCAAUUCUGUGUUAAGGCACUUUGUACAGUACACAAAUGAGAGAUUUCUGUUGCAGGGCACCUACCAGUUUCAGAUGUAAAUCCUUGGGUAUCUGUCCAUCCAGUAACAAUAGGGACUUUUCAAAGCAUAAGAAGUUUAGCAAAGUCUUCACUUGUUUAAGUAAUGGUGACAUAUGGUCACAAUAUGCACAAUUGGGGCUCAAAUAUGAGGUUGCAUUGCUGUGGGAGCAAAACUGCAUAUAAUGGUGAACAAUGAGAUUGAAAGCAAGAGAAACUGUGGUGUUGGCCAGAGAAAUGUUGAUGAAAUGUUUAUAUUUGUUUAGGAAUAUUGAAAUUCUUGCAUCUAUUUUAUAUAUUUGUGGCUUUUCAUAUGUAUAUAGUAAACAUCACAAAAUUGGUUUUUGUGUACACGUUGAAGUUACGUUGGGACACAGAGUUCUGAACUCUCCCAUUGAAAGCAAUGGGAUGUGAAAGUGUUUAGCUCCA